AACAAACCCGACCAGAACCCGAACCAAGAAAUUUUUUACACAUUCCUUUAUCUCCUCCCUCCUGGCCCUCCUCAAAAAUCUCUACCAAUAGAAACAACAAAUAGAAUGUUCAAUUGCCAAAACUCCUUAAUUUUCAAAUCCCCAAUCACAAAAAUCCUCACCUUCCCUUACACCCCAAUUCUCUCUCCUCAAACCUACUCUCCAUUCCCAACCAUGUCUUCUUCCUCCCCUUACAAACCCAUCACAACCUCCUCCUCCUCUCCACCACCCUCCACCACCCCUCUCUCCGCCAACCUCGACUUCAUCUCCCGCGCCAAACACCGCCUCUACGGCACCUUCUCCUCCCGCCGUCCAUGGCGUCAAUUCUUCGACCACCACUGUCUCUCCUUCCCCCACCACUUCUCCGACGCCUUCUCUCGCCUCAAAACCAACUUCUCUUACUUCCGUAUGAACUUCGCCAUGAUCGUCCUCCUCAUCCUCUUCGUCUCUCUCCUCUGGCACCCCAUCUCUCUCAUCGUCUUCCUCGUUAUGAUGGUUGCUUGGCUUUUCCUCUACUUUCUCAGGGAUGAACCGCUUGUUGUCUUCGGUCGGUCGAUUGACGAUCGGAUUAUUCUGGCGGUUCUGUCGGUUUUGACCGUCGGGUUUUUGCUGUUGACGGGUGCUACUGGGAAUAUAUUGAUUGCUUUGGGUGUUGGUGUUGGGGUGGUUGUAAUUUACUCGGUUUUUCGACGGUCUGAUGAUUUGUUCUUGGAUGAAGAACAAGCUGCUGCUGGCGGUUUGCUUGCCGGUCGGACCGGUAUUUGAUCAUCCUUCAUCUUUAGUCAACGCUAUGUUGUAUUGACUUUUUUCUUGUCUUAUUAUUAUUCAUUCCUCGUAAUUUCAUUUUAUUUUUUGUAAAUUUAUUUUGGUUGGGAUAUUCACAAUUUUAUGAUGUGUUGAUGGAUGGUAGUGUACUAGUGUGUGAUUGGAAUUGUAAUUGGUGAAUGGAAUUGUUCAAUAAUGUCACAUUUCUGCAUUUAGUUGUGUUCA